CGCGCGCAUCUGUCUCGUUUCUUUUAGGUACUCACAGAGUCUUAUCAGAGCGUUCUUAUUGGACAAUCGCGCGACGCUCUCGCUUGAGCGUUAACACUACUUCGGCCCCUGUUAUUUUAGACUUAAGCUCGUUCUGUAUUUACAAAAUAUACGAUAUACUAUACUCUUCUACUUUACACCAUCAUUGCUGUUUUAUUUAUCAACUUUACCUGCAUUGCUGCUACAUUUUGGUGACCCCGACGUGAUAAAUGAUGGAACACAAGCAAGAAGUUAGCGAGCCUACAGAACUCGCUGUCGUCUCCGUGCAGUCGCGUCUCCUUCCCUUCUGGCGUGAAUAUCCUCGCAUGUGGUUCAUUCAAUUCGAAGCCGUCGUCGAGCCGCAGAAGACCAGUGACGAAAACAAAUAUCGUUACGUCCUGGGCCAACUACAACCGACCGACCUUCAACAUGUCACAGACAUCGUGAUCAAGCCACCAGAAACUAAGAAGUACGAGGCCAUCAAACAACGCCUUCUCUCCGUGUACGAGCAGUCCGAGGUGAAAAACUUUAAGAACCUCAUCAGCGGAUUGGAACUUGGCAACCAAAAACCGUCUCAGUUGCUACGACGUAUGCGCGAACUCGGCGGCAACAUGAUCACCGAAGAUGGCAUCAAGAUUGAGUGGAUGAACCACCUUCCGCCGCAAAUGCGAGUUGUGCUGUCUGUGAACACAGAUUCAUCACUCGAUAUGCUCGCGGCAAUGGCAGACAAGAUGAUGGAAUAUUCCGAGUCGGCAAAUAUCGCAGCUGUCUCUUCAUCUCAACCAGAUUCUGCGGCAGUAAACCAGCAAAUCAUGUCCGCGCAGAUACAAGUUCUCUCAAAACAACUCGAGAAUCUGACACUCGAGAUCUCCGAACUUCGUAGCCGUGGAAGACCAAACCAUCGCCGUUAUCAGCGUUCCCGCUCAAGAUCAAAGUCCACUGCAAGGCAUCAACACGAUCCCAAUCGAGUAUGUUACUACCACUACCGAUUUGGAGAUCAGGCAAGACGCUGCGUGUCACCGUGCGCUAGGCGAAAUCAAAAGAAGUCGGAAAACUAGAAGAGG